CUGACUGCGGCUUCUCUGCGCGUCCCUGUGCGCCUGAGGUCGCUGUUCUGAGCGUCGCCUCUCCUUCCUCUCUUUCGAUUUUGGACUGAAAAUGGAGAAACGCUGCACGGACUCACAAGUCAAAGGAGUCAGCACAGGGACCACCAUCCUGGCUGCCACUUUUGAUGGAGGGGUCGUGAUUGGGUCAGAUUCCAGGGCUUCCAUUGGAGGAGAAUAUGUAUCAUCUAAGACCAUCAACAAGGUCAUUCAGGUUCAUGACCGGAUCUUCUGCUGCAUGGCUGGAUCACUCGCAGAUGCUCAGGCCGUCAUCAAGACUGCAAAGUUCCAUCUGUCCUUCCACAGUGUCCAGAUGGAGACCCCUCCUCUGGUGAUUUCAGCAGCAUCAGUGCUGAAAGAACUGUGUUACAAAAACAAAGAUGAACUACAGGCUGGCUUCAUCACAGCAGGCUGGGACAGGAAGAAAGGACCACAGGUGUACGUUGUGUCUCUAGGCGGGAUGUUAAUCAGUCAGCCUGUUACCAUCGGUGGCUCUGGCAGCACGUAUAUCUACGGCUAUGUUGACGCCAAAUACAAACCCAACAUGAGCAGAGAGGAAUGCCUACAGUUUGCCAAUAAUGCUCUUGCUCUGGCCAUGGGCAGAGACAACGUCAGCGGGGGAGUGGCUCACCUGGUGGUGAUCACGGAGACAGGGGUGGAGCAUGUGGUUGUACCUGGUGACAAGCUCCCUAAGUUCCACGAUGAGUGACCACCUUUGAACAACCACUGAAAUUUGGACCGGACUUUGGAGUAGUUGUUUGUAGUUUAUCACUAAUUUGCUUUGUGUAGGACAAAUGAUGCACACACACUACCUGAAGUCACAACUGUUGAGUCUCAUCAUACAAAAUCAUCAUUCCACAAUAAAAACAUAAUCAUGAAUAAUACAAUAAGGUUUCUUUGCCGUUUUUGUGUCCAAAUUACGUCUCUGUAUUUUUUAAUGUAUGAAAACAUGUGACAUAAAAAUAAACAUUUUCUGAAACCUC